AUGCCAAAUCUCGUGCCAAAACUAGGAAGCUCCAAAAUCACCGUUCGUAAGAUAUCCAUACAAGCCAUACAGGCAUUUCUGAGGUUGAAGCCAGACGCGCUCGGAUCCGUUUUGAAAACUCUCUCGAGUUUCCUGUUGACUUCUACAGACCGUGCAACCAAGGGCGAAGUGGUGAAAGAGUUUCCAGCAAUGUUUAUCCCAGAGGUUUCCCCUUACUUUGGUAACCAACUUAGCCGCUUUGUAGCCAGGGCUUUGCAGCUUGCUCAAUGGGACUGGUCAACCUUGUUGGAUGCUUUGACGAAGCUCAUGGCGACCUCGGAAACAGAAUUAGCAGAGGGGGCAGCAUUAGCUGCGAAGAAACUGGACGGCAAGUUGUGUCUUGAAUACGCAACAAAGCGUUAG